CAAAGAAUACGGCCGUGUUUCUGAAGCGUGCGGAGUUGGCUGUGUAGAUCAACGAAGGAAUUAGGGAAGAUCGUCUUAGAAACAGAAUGAAGCUUAGAUCUUUAGUUGUCCUUCUACGUCUCCUUAGCCUUACUUCACUUUUCGUGAAAUGGUAUUAUUUAUCUUCUCGACAAAAUGACCUAGAGACUUACAUUGUCUACACCGGAGAUCCCUUCAAAGAUGAAGCUACUUCGUUGCAACAUUACAAUUACUUGAUACAACAAGCUGCAGACAGCAACUCAGCACCAAAGAAUAUUUUGUACUAUUACUGGCAUACUUUCAGUGGAUUUGUCGUGAACCUAACCAAGAAAGAAGCCGAUAGAAUGGCUGUACUCGAUGAAGUUGUUAGUGUUUUUCGAAAUGAAAAUUAUACACUCCUUACAAUAUAGAUAAUGUUACAACAAAGGAUGGCAUAUCAGUGGCUUUGUGCAAAAAAGAGAAAUAAUGUAAGUUACAUAUCAAUUAUAUAAUCGAGAGAGGCAUCGCUCGAAGAGUAGUCUUUCAAAGAUCGAAGAUAAUUCACUUGAGUAAGAUCAACA